AUGGAUCCGCAGGAGGAUGGCUUCUUCUACUCACACCAUGGCGCGUGCCAUGCCGAUUCCAGUCAAGGGACGGAAUGUAAAGCCCAGAGUUCGGUUACCGCUCGCAAGGUUCACAAGGCUGACCGUGAGAGAAUGCGACGAGACAAAUUGAAUGAGCAGUUCCUGGAAUUGGGAACCACACUUGACCCAGAUCGGCCCAGGCAUGAUAAGGCUACUAUUCUUGGUGAUACAGUUCAGAUGCUCAAGGAUUUGACUUCUCAAGUAAACAAGCUUAAAGCUGAAUACUCUUCUCUCUUUGAAGAAGAAUGUGAGUUGACUAAAGAAAAAAAUGAGCUUCGGAGUGAAAAAGCUUCGCUGAAGUCUGAUGUGGAUAAUUUGAACAACCACUAUCAGCAACGUAUUCAAAUGUUAUACCUGUGCACUACAAUGGAGCCUUCUGUACUCGUUGGGCCACCUCCAUCAUAUCCCUUCUCGCUCCAAGUUCCUAUACCCGCUGGUGCUGUAACUAUGCAUCCACAGCUUCAGCCAUGCCCGUUCUUCCAAAAUCAAACUUCAGGAGCCAUCUCGAAUCCAUGUACUCCUUACAUGGCAUACAGUCAAUCCUGUCAUGCUCCUAGUGAUCAACCAUCUAGCCAGUUCAGUACUCCAGUUCUGCUUUCAAGUAGUAAUCGAUCUCACUCUCCUGCACAAGGCUGUAGAAGCAAGUCACCUUCACUUCAGCAAGCAAGCUGUGGAGGGAGAAAUGAUGAUUUUGGUGAUGUUGCAACUGACUUGGAACUAAAAACUCCUGGUUCCUCAGCUCCUUCACAUUCAGAGAUCACUAACAAGGAUUCCUCUUCUGACUUGAAAAUGAAGAAGCAAUGCAUAAAGUUAAUUAAUGGUAGUACUCUUAUUGAAGACAGCAGUUCAAGCAGAUGUUCUUCUAGUGCCCCCCCCCACAAUUCCUCUUCUGUACUUGCCGAAGACCAGUGA